AAGAACUUCGUCGUCAACGCGCAGUUGAAUAUCGGGUGUGGAGGGAGCCUGCCGUCCGUUACAUGCGUUCGUGUGCGAUCUCUGUCGAUUCGUUUCUUGUUUUAGUGGGUAGAUCAAUAGGUGCGAAUUUUUCGGAGUCUCGACGCUUUCUCAGAAUGCCUCGCAGAGCCGCAGGUGGUUCUUAUUAUGCCAUUAACUCAGGACGGAGUACUGGGGUUGUGAACUCGUGGGCGGAAUGCGAGAGCCUUGUCAAAGGCUACUCGGGUGCCAAGUUCAAAAGGUUCGAUAGUUAUCAAGAGGCACAAAAUUUCGCUCGCGGCAACGGUCCCGCCGGUGCCAGCGCCAGCUCCACAUCGGCGAGGUCUACAGCCCCAGCAGCUCCGGUAGAACAUGCAUUCGUGCCAUCCUUCACAAGUUCGUAUGCCGAGCCACCGCCCCGAAGUCGUCCACGAAGAGAAGUGCCUGUGGUCUACACCGACGGGGCUUGUAGCGGAAACGGAAUGGCCGGAGCGAAAGCAGGCAUAGGUGUUUAUUGGGGCGAUGGAGACCCGAGGAACGUUUCCGAACCCUUAAAGGGCAAGCCCACGAAUAACCGAGCUGAAAUUCAAGCUGCGACACGAGCUAUCCAACAAGCGAAAGAACAGGGUUACGAAGAAGUUGAGAUCCGCACAGACAGCGACUUCCUUGUACAGUCGACGACGAAAUGGAUGCCUGGAUGGCAAGAGAAGAAUUGGAAAACGGCCGCUGGUAAGCCUGUGAUCAACAAAGAAGAUUUCGAAGACCUUCUCGAAGCCAGCAAGGGAAUCGACGUCAAAUGGACACAUGUGAAUGGCCAUUCCGGUAUCCAUGGCAAUGAACAGGCUGACAACCUGGCGGUGUCUGGCAUGCUCAAGAACAGGAAUGGAGACGAUUGAAGUUUCCGCCUCUAAUGAUGGUCGCGAAGUCCGCGGCCUGUGUUCAAACUUUUAAGCAAUCACGCAAUGGUUAAUUUGUUUCAUAACCUUCAUCGAAUCACUGUAAUUUAAAGUAUUCCGACGGAAGCGGUCCGCGGCUCCUAGUAAAGUAUUCCCACAGGGAGAUGACUUUCCGA